CGAGAAACCUACAAAGUCAAAAUGUCUGGUCGCGGUAAAGGAGGAAAAGGUCUAGGAAAAGGAGGCGCCAAGCGUCAUCGUAAGAUCCUUCGGGAUAACAUCCAGGGUAUCACCAAGCCCGCCAUCCGUCGUCUUGCUCGUCGUGGUGGAGUCAAGAGAAUCUCUGGUCUGAUCUACGAGGAGACCCGUGGUGUCCUCAAGGUUUUCCUUGAGAAUGUCAUCCGUGAUGCUGUCACCUACACCGAGCACGCCAAGAGAAAGACCGUCACAGCCAUGGACGUUGUCUAUGCUUUGAAACGCCAAGGACGUACCCUGUACGGAUUUGGUGGUUAGAUGAGUUAACCAACUCAUUUACAACAAAACAACGGCUCUUUUAGGAGCCACUAAAUGAUGAGAAAGUCUUGAUCAAAUGCUUAUACACAAAUGUCAAUCGCUCAGAGACGGGCUCAAAAUGCAUUCGCCCAGAUUUUUAGUACCCCUCUUUAAUAAGCAUACGCUUUCUAAUUAAAGGCCGAAAGCUAAGAUUAAGUACGAUUGUCGUUUUAUAAGGCAUUUAAUUGAAAUAUAUAUUAGCAGGUUUCGAGUCAGUUUUAUAAGAGCAGUUUUUUUYCCCCGCGCAUUUACCAUUAUACCAGUCAUUCAUUUAUUAUUCUAUUCACAAAGAUAAAUAGUAUGUAAGCCAUUUCGGUGUCAAUUGCUACGAAAGCAUAGUACUGGUACUCGUACGUCCCUAUUGAGGUUCAAAGAUUGAUUUAUUGCAAGUUUGAUUUUCAAUCUUUCUCUAAUAUCUGGGUUCACAUAAAAAGGUUAUUUAGUUCUUCACAAAUUCAUUGUAAAGCUAAAUAUUUCUACCAUUUUAAAGUUGUUUGUCACGUGUUGCUGAUAAAGUCUACUUGCAAACGAAACGAACUAUACAUUAAACGGCUGCAACGGAGGCUAGUAUAGACCGGGAUUGAAAUUUACAACUUUCGUUUCGAAUAAACUGAAACUUCGAUCCACGAUAGGAACGCAUACGUUGGUUUGACCGUGAUUCCCAAAAAGGCCUUAUGCCCUUGUAUCAUUAUUUCAUUAGAAACACCGACGCAGCUCACACUAAUUUUUAGCUAGUUAUCUCUUAUUAACGGACAUAAAUAGUUCGUAAGCCAUUUUAGUGUGAAUUGAUACGAAAGCAUUUGCUCAUGCGUUCCUUUGAUCCGCAAUAGUAACGCACAAGUUGGUUUGACUAUGAUUCCCAAAAAGACUACAAUCUUCUCUAGUACUGAAAAAGCCGUUAGAAAAACAGAUUUUUUGGCGC